AUGCCCUGGCCUGGGGGACGCAGGAGGAGGCCUGGGACCCUGGGGCCACCAGUGCGUAGCAUCCGGCCCUUUAAAUCCAGCGAGCAGUACCUGGAAGCCAUGAUGGAGGACUUGGCUGAGUGGCUUCGGGACCUCUACGGGCUGGACAUCGAUGCCUCCAACUUCCUGCAGGUCCUGGAGACGGGCUUGGUGCUGUGCCGGCAUGCCAACGCCAUCACUGAGGCCGCCCUGGCCUUCCUGGCUGAGGCACCUGCCCGAGCCCAAAGGAUUCCCCUGCCUCGGGCUGGGGUUUCCUGCAAUGAGGCCGCCCAGCCGGGUACCUUCCAGGCCAGGGACAAUGUCUCCAACUUCAUCCAGUGGUGUCGAAAGGAGAUGGGCAUCCAAGAGGUGGUGAUGUUCGAGACCGAGGACCUGGUACUACGCAAGAACGUGAAGAACGUGGUGCUGUGCUUGCUGGAGCUGGGCCGCCGAGCCUGGCGCUUCGGCGUGGCGGCGCCCACCCUGGUGCGACUGGAGGAGGAGAUAGACGAGGAGCUGCGGCAGGAGCUGGCCCUGCCCCCGCCGGACCCACCGCCUCCCGAGCCGCCGGCGCGGCUGCCCUGCCACUUCCGCCACCUGGAUCAGCUGGUUCGGAGCCUCGUGAGCCGCUGCACGUGCCCAGUUCAGUUCCCCAUGGUCAAAGUGUCUGAGGGGAAGUACCGCGUGGGGGACUCUAACACCCUCAUUUUCAUCCGGAUCCUCCGGAACCACGUGAUGGUGCGUGUGGGGGGCGGCUGGGACACCCUCAGCCAUUAUCUGGACAAACAUGACCCCUGCCGGUGCACAUCCCUCUCACACAAGACGGGCAGUUUCCAGAAGCCCCCCGUCCCACCGGCGCAGCAUGAAGUGAGGGUGCAGGAUGGGCCCUCGCAGCCCCAACCUACGAUGACGAUCAGCCGUUCCCAGAGCCCGCUGCCCCCCGUGGACUGGAAGACAUAUACCUCUUCAGGCCGGAAGCUGAGGCCCCCAGCCUCCUCCUCCCCUAGAGCCCACAGUAAAUGGGCAGCAGAGGCGGGAGUUCCCAGAGAGACAACACCAUUCCUGAGGCUCCAGGAUCAGUCACCCACCCUGUCUUGGAGGCAGCUGCCGGCUGGGGACAGCCCACCCAGCCCCAUCUCCUCAUCCCCCCGUAGGGGCCAAGACUCACAAGACUCAUGGAGCUCCUCAGGGAAGAGAGAGGAGAGAUACUCCUCUGAACAUCCCAGAGGAACGACUCCCACAUCUUGCUUUCGUGAGGAGACAGACAGCCAGGGAACUCUCUCCAGGGCCUCCGCCUCCCAGAGAUUCCAAGCCCCUGAAGCCACCACCAAAAGGACACCAGCAGGAGGACUGUCUCCGCUUCCUCCUUCCUCCAGCCCAACCAAGCCCAUAGGCCUCAGGCCACUACCCAGGGGUGAGGCUGAGGGUGCUUCCUCCCAGCUCAGGGAGCCACCAGCUGCCCGUUCUCUGUCCCCUGUUAAAGGGCCCACCAAGCUCCCUCUCCGGCUGCCCCCUGCCCGCCCCCCCACCCCAGGAAGCAGCUUUCCAGGUAUUGCCAGUGGAGGUCCCAUGACAGAAUUGGAGAGUGACUCCAUCCCAAGGGCUGUCCCUGGGGACCUGGCUGGAUGCAGACAUGGGGAUUUCUCUGUGAAUGCGAGACAAGGGGACCAGAAGACGGACAGCCAGGUGACAGCAAAAGCUGGGGAGCCCUGGGGCUUGGGCCCACAGGUAUUGGAGGAGCGAUACCCUCCCCUUCCCCUGGGGGCAACCAAGGAUCAAGCUAUCUACCACAGUCUUGAGGAGGAGCUUUUGGCCAACAUGACACUGCUAAAGGUGGGGGGUGCCUGCCCCCAGGGCACAGGGUCUGGAGUCAUCCCUCGAAGUGGAGUCUACGUCCCCAGCCUAGGUGGGUGGUGGCCUGAGCCUGGGGGUCCUUAUGACAAAGUCAUACAAGAACUGGCUCAGGGCCCCCCACCCCUUGUUAAAGUGGACCUGGGAGCCUGGAAGGCAGCCUCUACAGGCUCCCCUAAGGGAGCCUUACCAAAAGGCCCAGGAGGCCCCAAAGGGAAACUGGGAGCCAGAGAGAGUGGGCCAAAGGUAAAGGCAAGCCUGAGUGCCAAGGGCACCGGGAUGAAGAAGGGACCAGCUCCAGGAAGGCAGGACUGCUCAGGCCCCACUGUGUCAGCCAACCUGGAAGCCCCCACAUCUUCACCCUCAGACCCCAAUUCUGGCAAAUGUCCAGCCAAGAUUAAGAGAACACUCCGAAAGCCCCAGAGAGUCCCAUCCAUCUACAAGCUAAAACUGAGGCCCAAAAUCCGGCCGCGGAGGGACCACAGGCCUGGGAAGCAGCCUUCACGCAUCCCCAGGCCACUGGCUUACCUCCACAUAGGUUCAGCCAGGGCACUCCCCAGGGGCAGACUGGGGAGAGCAGCAUUGGGCACCAAGGGAGUGGGGGUGGAUGGAGCCUCAGCAGGGGAGGAGGAGGACAGAAAGAAGGGAGAACUAGCUGCCCCACUGAAGAGCAGCCCCCAGCCUUCGGAGGGCAGGGGUCUCCUGCAGCUUGAUCAAACCCCACUCCCACCUGAGGAGGAGUCCUGGGUCUGA